GUGUUGGGGGGGAGUGAGGGGGGGAAGUAACCUCCCUACUUAAGAUGGCCGCCUGAGGCGCGCGCUCCCAGCGACUGGCGGGGCCGUUUGAAAUCGGCGAGGAGUGCGAGCAGCAGGCGACACAAAAUCGGCGAGAAGUGGGACCACCGAUUCCUCUCUGCCCGAGUGGAGCCCCUGACCCUCAUUGCCCUAGAAGCACCCUAACUCUACUCCUUUACCCUGUCGGGACAACGAAUCAUCAUCAUAUCGGAACUCCCAACCAUUUGUUUGGCCGUAACGCAAUCGGCGGCGACUGGGUAACCAACCCCGGACCCCAUCGUGACCCUGACGACGGUGCCGGGACCCCGAUCCUGCGACACACAAAUCCUCGCCAUGUGAACAAGAAUCUCCGCGUGGACCCAGAGAAGAAGAAGCAGCAGCAGCAGCAGCGACGGCCAUGAGGCGGAGCUGUGCCCCCAGCCAGCUGGCCAAGCGGCAGCUGGGCGAGGAUGGCGAGGAGUGGGUGCCACCACACAAGGAAGAGGUGUCCAAGCGCAAACGGCACGGCAAGGAGGCGGCGCUGGACUGGGACAGCUUCGUGUCUCCGUACCGCAAGCCCCUGGCGACACUCGACAAUUCGCCCCACAGUUCGGAUGGAGCGGCACACGAGGCAUUCAUUCGCAGCAUCUUAGCCAAGCCUUUUAAAAUACCCAUCCCUAACUACAACGGGCCGCUGGGGGUGAAGGCACUGGGGGUGAGGAGGCACGGGGCGCGGCGACCCCUGCACGACCCCUACGUGGAUGGUGCCCUCGUGCUCUACGAGCCCCCCGAAGUCACUGCCCAUGAUCUGCUCAAAGCCGACAAAGACACACAACCGGUACAUGUGGUUGUGGAUCCUGAACUGUGCAAAGUGCUGCGACCCCAUCAAAGGGAGGGUGUCCAGUUCCUGUGGGAGUGUGUGACAGGAAGACGUAUCCCUGGUAGCUUUGGCUGCAUCAUGGCCGACGAGAUGGGCUUGGGGAAGACGCUGCAAUGCAUCACACUCAUGUGGACGCUGCUACGGCAGAGCCCAGAUGCGAAGCCCGAGAUCGACAAGGUAAUGGUGGUGGCCCCCUCGAGCCUCGUGAAGAACUGGUUCAAUGAGGUGGCCAAGUGGCUGGGAGGACGCGUGACUCCGCUCGCCAUCGACGGCGGGAGCAAGGGGGAAAUUGACAAGAUGCUAGGGAGCUUCAUGGCGCAGCACGGCUUGCGCAUCCCAACCCCCAUCCUCAUCAUCUCCUAUGAAACGUUCCGCCUGCACGCCGAGGUUCUGCACCGGGGCCACGUGGGCCUCGUCAUCUGCGAUGAGGGGCAUCGGCUGAAGAAUGCCGAGAACCAGACGUACCAGGCGCUCAACAGCUUGAACGCGCAGCGUCGCGUUCUCAUCUCUGGCACGCCCAUCCAGAACGACCUGCUCGAGUACUUCAGCCUCGUGCACUUCGUCAACUGCGGGAUCCUGGGAACGGCGCAGGAGUUCAAGAAGAAGUUUGAACUCCCGAUCCUGAAGGGUCGCGACGCCGAUGCGACCGACGAUUUAAAGCGGCGCGGAGAAGAGCGGCUGCAGGAGCUGAUUGGCAUUGUGAAUCGGUGUCUCAUAAGGCGGACAUCGGACAUUCUAUCCAAAUACCUUCCCGUCAAAAUAGAGCAAGUGGUGUGCUGCAGGCUGACGGCGCUGCAAGCGGGGCUCUACAAGCUGUUCCUGCGACAGAACAAGACUGCGAGCGAGCUGAGCAUGGCAAAGAACGGCACCAUGAGCGCGUCCUCCCUCUCCUCCAUUACGCAGCUCAAGAAGUUGUGCAACCACCCAUCUCUGAUCUUUGACAAGUGUGUGGAGGGAGAGGAGGGCUUCGAGGGGGCCCUGGAGCUCUUCCCUGCCGGGUACCACCCCAAGCUCCUGGAGCCGCAACUCUCAGGGAAGAUGCUGGUGCUGGAUUACAUCCUGGCCGUGACACGAUCCACCACGAGCGACAAGGUGGUGCUUGUCUCCAACUACACGCAGACCCUUGACCUCUUUGAGCGGCUGUGCCGGACCAGGAGCUACCUGUACGUGCGGCUGGAUGGGAGCAUGUCCAUAAAGAAGCGGGCAAAGGUUGUGGAUCAAUUCAACAACCCAUCGAGCCCGGAGUUCGUGUUCAUGCUGAGCAGCAAGGCGGGUGGCUGCGGGCUGAAUCUGAUCGGCGCCAACCGCCUCGUGAUGUUCGACCCCGACUGGAACCCGGCUAACGACGAGCAGGCCAUGGCGCGCGUGUGGCGCGACGGCCAGCGCAAGAGCUGCUACAUCUACCGCCUCGUCUCCACGGGGACGAUAGAGGAGAAGAUCCUGCAGCGGCAGACGCACAAGAAGGCGCUGAGCAGCUGCGUGGUGGACGAGGAGCGCGACGUGGAGCGCCACUUCUCCCUGGUCGAGCUGCGCGAGCUCUUCCUACUCAACGAGAGCACCAGCAGCGACACGCACGACAAGUUCAAGUGCCGGCGCUGCGUGAACGGGAUCCAGGUACGCCCGCCGGCGGAGGGCACGGACUGCACCAGCAACCUGUCUCAGUGGCACCACAGCUGGGACAAGCGGCACCUGCAGGACCGCGUGCUCACUGCCGCCUGGGACGCCGCCGUCACCUUCACCUUCCACCAUCGCUCGCACGAGCCGCGAUCCACCGCGUGACCUCCGUUUGUCCGGCAGCACGGGGCGCCAUGACUUCACCUCGAUCUGCUGCUGGGUGCUCGGAUGAAAGCGCGGGGAUGCAAAUCUACUGACGAAACAUUUAAGCGAUACUGUAGCUAUCAAGGCACGUGUGGUAAAGACUGCACUUGCACGGAGCGCAUGUGUGGGUGUGCACAUCGAAUAUAAGGCUGCUAUUCAACAUCAUAAGUCCUGUAAAUCUUACUGUCAGUUUUUUUUUAUUAUAUACACAAAUGCGCUCAAUAUUUUGUUAUGCUCGUUCGACGAUGCCAUGUGAUGCUGUUUUGUACGUAGCCAUCAAGUGUCUCCAAUAAAAAGCUGAGGGUCACGUA